UCAGAAGAAAGUAAUGCCUCGAAUAGCUCUCCGCGACUCUUAUCCCGUAUCCGUGUCGUCAAAUGGACCGAAUGUCGUUGAAAUCGUUGAAAAUUUGAAUCGAUGAAGCUGUCGGAGAAGACGCCACCUUCGCUUUUCAACAUGCCACUCGCCGUCCUUCACAAUAUUUUGGACUACGUGAAGCCAACUGAUCGGCUUGUUCUUCGCAAAGUUUCCCGCCGAUUCCGUGACGCCGUCGACGACCGUGAUCCCGGCUUUAAGAAUGCGACCAUUCUCAUCAAAGAGCUCGGAGAAAUCGUUCUGAAAUUCGAUGAAUUGUGCAUUUUCUACCGCCGAAGCAACGUCGGAUGCACCUUGAAGGCCUAUAACUUUUCGGAAAAGACAAUCAAAAACGGACAUUAUUUGAAGCUGGCUUCUACCGACUUCAAGAUGAUUAUCAAUAAUCCGAAACUUCAUUUGGAAUCUUUCGAAGUUGUUUUGGGCCCGGAUUUCGAGGGAGUCGAUCGAAAGAAAACUUCAGAGAUCAUCCGAAUUAUGUUGAAAUCCGUGAAAAAAGUGGACGUUGGAAAGCUCACAAUCACUGGAUUCAUCCAUGAGGAGAUCCCAAUGAUUCUUCAAUACUUUGGAAGUGAUAAUAUUCAAGAUCUGAAGAUCGACGAUCACAUUUGCUUCGACCAUAUUGGAAAAGUCGUCGAGUCGAAUCACUGGAAGAAGGCAAAAUCCAUUCAUUUCAUCUGGAAAAGCUGUCUUUGCCCAGUUUUCAUGCAUCUCACACACUUUAGUGAUAUUCAGAUCCACAUGAAAAAUGUUUCCGUGCAUGAUGCAAACCGUAUCAUUCAGCUUCUCCAAAUCUCUGCCAACUUCAAAUCGCUUAACAUCACAACAUGUUGCGUACAGGAUUUUCUUCUUGUCGUUAAAGUUCUCCAACCAAAUUUCAUCCAAAGAGUUUUUGGCAGUGGCUCUACCGACUUUGCCAUCAACGGCAAGAAAUUCCAUGUCGAGUUUGAUCUGAACAACAUCAAGAUCGAAAAGAAAAUUCGCUAAUUUUCCGGUUAUAUUAUUAUAUUGUUGGUUAUAAACUUGUUGAGUUAUA